CUUAAAGGAAAACCAGUCGAUCACGGAAGAUUAUCGAACGAAAUUGAGAUUGACUUUCCACAUAGGCUGCGUAUCUUAUCGUAAGCAUGAUCUAUCGCUAGAUUUCGCAGGGAAGUACAACGAGCAUCAGUUGCGAGAGCACCAGCUCUGGUUCUAUACUCACGCGAUAACAAUAACUCUUGAUCGCUUAGUUCAUUAAUCUGUUGGUUGCACAGGGUGCAAGGACACUGCUGAAACAUGGGCGAGUCAGAGCCGGUAUCCGACACUGGAGGUGGUGUUACAAGUUCCGACAAACACAAGGCACCGGAAGUGCCCAAGACUCACCCCGAGUUACGCAGGAACAUGGAACGUGGUCUGCACGAGCGUGAUCGCGUCGGUGUCCAGGACUUCGUUCUCCUUGAGAACUUUGAGAGCGAGGACGCGUUUAUCGACAAUUUGCGAAAGCGCUUCAAUGAGAAUCUAAUCUAUACGUAUAUUGGUCAAGUGUUGGUAUCAGUGAAUCCUUAUAAGAAAUUACCGAUUUACACUUCGGAAGUCAUUCAAUACUAUCAUAGAAGAAAUUUCUUCGAAGCUCCACCGCACAUCUUUGCACUUGCUGAUACCGCUUAUCAAUCUUUGUUGAAGGAGAAUCGGGAUCAAUGUAUUCUCAUCUCUGGCGAAUCCGGUUCAGGGAAGACCGAAGCUUCGAAGAAGGUGCUAGAAUUUAUCGCUGCCGCCACCGGGCACAAGAAACAAGUGGAAGAAGUAAAUGAUAAAUUAAUCGGUAGCAAUCCGGUGCUCGAAGCUUUCGGAAACGCAAAAACUAAUCGCAAUGAUAAUUCGUCCCGUUUCGGCAAGUACAUGGAUAUCCAAUUUAAUUUCCAGGGAGAUCCAAUCGGUGGAAACAUCUUGAAUUAUCUACUCGAGAAGUCGCGAGUGGUGCAUCAAUUUUCAGGAGAGCGUAAUUUCCACAUAUUCUAUCAAUUACUGGCCGGAGCAAGCGAGGAAACAUUACGAAAAUUGUACCUCAAGAGAAAUUUAGAUACGUACUAUUAUAUGAGCAACGGGACGAAAGGUACCAUAGACACUAUAGACGAUGCUGUUCAGUAUAAUGAAGUAAUAAAGGCGAUGAAGACUAUGGAAAUGACUCAGCAGGAACAAGAUGAUUUAUUCGCAAUAGUUGCAUCCGUAUUGCAUAUGGGAAACGUUGGUUUUACUGAGGAAGAUGGUGUCGCGCAAAUUUUAAAACCAGCUUCCGUAGAGGCAGUUGCCGCUUUAUUGGGUUGCAACAUAAAACAAUUGGCGGAGGCCUUUACAAAUCGCACCAUAGACGCCCACGGCGACGUGGUCGUUUCCCCAUUGAACAGAGAAUUCGCAAUUUAUGCACGGGAUGCGUUGGCGAAAGCUGUGUAUGACAGACUGUUCACGUGGCUCGUGACCAGAUUGAAUAAAUCCUUGCAGCCUGUUAACAAUCCACAUAGCAAGAUGGUCAUAGGAAUUCUGGACAUCUACGGUUUUGAAAUCUUCCAGAAAAACAGCUUCGAACAAUUUUGUAUAAAUUACUGUAAUGAAAAGUUGCAACAACUUUUUAUACAAUUGACGUUGAAAUCGGAGCAAGAGGAGUAUCUGAGAGAAGGAAUAACGUGGGAAAAUGUUCAUUAUUUUAAUAACAAAGUCAUUUGCGAUUUAAUUGAAGAAAAGUAUAAAGGUAUAAUAUCUUUGAUGGAUGAGGAAUGUCUCCGUCCAGGAGAACCAACAGAUUUGAGCUUCCUGGAAAAAUUGAAUGUAAAUUUGAAUAAUCAUCCCCAUUACAUAAGUCAUAUGAAAGCAGACCUGCAAACACAAAAAGUCAUGGGACGUGAUGAGUUUAGAUUAGUACAUUAUGCUGGCGAGGUAACGUACAACGUCCGUGGAUUUCUUGAGAAAAAUAAUGAUUUACUGUAUAGAGAUUUACGUGAAGUGAUGUCACACACAACGAAUUCAAUUAUUAAGAACGUGUUUGAUGUGAAAGAUUUAACUAGCAAAAAACGACCAGAUACUGCCAUUACGCAAUUUAAAAACAGUUUAAAUAAUCUGGUGGAAAUUCUUAUGGGCAAAGAACCUUCUUAUAUCCGUUGCAUCAAACCCAAUGAUUAUAAAAUGGCCAAUCAAUUCAACCAGCAAAUUAUACUGCAUCAAGUAAAGUAUUUAGGUCUUAUGGAAAAUUUAAGAGUAAGACGAGCUGGUUUUGCCUAUAGAAGACCGUACGAACAGUUCUUACAACGUUAUAAAUCUUUAUGUCCACAAACAUGGCCAAACUAUUACGGUUCCGCUAAAGAAGGUGUUCAGCUGCUCGUUUGUCAUCUUGACUACGAACAAGAUGAAUAUAGGAUGGGCAACACAAAAUUGUUUAUUCGAUUCCCUAAGACAUUGUUUGAUACGGAAGAUGCCUUCCAGAUGAAGAAACACGAAAUAGCUGCUAUUAUUCAAAGCAAAUGGAAAUGUAUACUAACAAGGCGAAGAUAUUUAAACAUGAAAAAAGCGGCAGUAGUUUUUCAAAAAUAUAUUCGAAGAUGGUUGGCAAAACAAGAAGCUGAAAGAAGACGAAAAGCAGUCAUUACUAUUCGACGAUUUAUCGAAGGAUUUAUUACACGAAAUGGGCCACCAACAGAGAUUAACACUGCUUUUAUCGAGCUAGCAAAGUCUCAAUGGUUACUCAAGCUCUCUAAGUCACUUCCAGUUGGUGUUUUGAAUAAUUAUUGGCCUCCGUGUCCAUACUCUUGUCGAGAAGCCUCAGAACAUUUGCGCAUCAUACACAAAAAAUGGAAAGCUCGGAAAUAUAGACUGGCUUUGUCAAAAGAGGAUAAAAAACAGUUUGAAUUAAAAAUAUUAGCUGAAUCUCUUUUUAAAGGCAAAAAGAAAUCGUAUGCAAAGAGCUUUGGAUCAAGAUUCCAAAAUGAUCGACUUGGUCCUGAAUACAAUGCGCUGAGAGAAAGCUUCACCGUUAAUCAUCUUCCUAGAAAUGAAACUAUAAAAUAUGCGACUCCUGUUAUUAAAUAUGAUCGGCAUGGUUACAAACCGCGUGAAAGGGUACUAAUUUUAACAGAAUAUGCUGUGUAUAUUUUAGAUACCUUAAAAACAUUCAAACUGAAACAUCGACUUCCUUAUAAAUCCAUUGAAGAGUUGGUGGUUACAGGAGAAUCGGAUAAUUUAUUAAUUGUUAGGAUACCACCUGAAUUAAAAAAAGACAAGGGUGACUUAAUUUUGGAGGUACCACAUAUCAUAGAAGCAUUAACAAAAGCGAUUGUCAUCACUAAUAAUCCGAAUAUUCUUAAAAUUGUUAAUACAGAAUCAGUUUCACAUAAGCUAGUCAGUGGGAAAGAAGGUGUGAUUGAAUUCAAAACUGGUACAACUCCAACCAUUAGUAAAAACAGACAAAGCGGACAUUUACUAGUGGUAGCUUCUCCGUAAUGUUCGAACAAUAUUUCAAACAAUCUUGUACUUACUUAGAAAGAUAUAUAUUUGUUCAACACAUAUAAAAUACGAUGCUUAAUUGAUGUGAUCUAGAGUGGAAUGUUAUUAAGAAGAGAUAAUAUAUUAAAAUUUAGUACAUUUAUCAAAUGAAACUCACAAUUUUGUAUGUUGUUAUAUGAGUUGUGUAAAAUAUCUUGUGAAAUAAUGUUUAUUUUUGUAAUUAGCGCAUUAUUCGCGAACUGAAUGUAAAUCAAUUAAGAAUGAAACUUAUGUGCCUUCUACGAAACUAUUGUCAAAUAAUCGCACAAAAAAAGUAAUUUAUUGCGGGAUGCUUGAAAGUUACAGAUGCACUGAAAGUUAAUAUUUUCUUUUUCUAUAUUUAUAUUCUAUAAGUCACUGUGCCAUUGAUUUCAUGUUCAGAAUUACCUUAUGAAAUAACAAUAUAAAGUUAAAUUAAAACAAUGUUUUUAAAUCUUAA